ACAGACAUAGACAACUGCCCUGGUACAGUGACAAACCACUAUCCUUGGCCUCCUCACUCACUUUGGUUAGCUAAAGCAUGAAGAUUGGGGUUGCUGCUCUGGUUGGUGGUUUGCUUGGGGUUCCAGGAUUUCUAUGUUUCUUGUUGGCAUUUGGUACGGAUUACUGGCUCCUAGCGAGUGAUGACUGCGGGUGGUUCAAACAGCUGAGGUCAACAGCAUACACUGUAGUUCAAACCAACAGCACAGAGGCCUCAGAGGUGACAAAUUCGAGCCUUUCCUUUCUCACUCUCCAUCAUGAGGGAUUUUUCUGGCGCUGUCUAUUCCAGAGUGACCCAAGCCAACAUGUUUUACUGGCUGUUCUAUUCACUAAUCAGCCAAGACAGAAAGAAUGUAUACAUGGAUACCUUUUCCCCCUGCCUGUUGCAGUUGGUCCUGUUGCUCAUCAAAUUUAUGAUGCUACUGCAGUUUUUCGUGGAUUCUGGACUAUGAUUAUAGUCCUGGCCGUUGUAGCAAGUGUGACCGGAGGUUUCCUGAUAGUAUGUGCAGUACCCUUCAUCAGCCACAAACUCUACAGGGUGGGUGGUGCUUUUCUCAUCACAGCAGCAUGUCUUUUCUUGGUGUUGGUGGGUCUGUUCAUACUGUGGAAGGAGUUGGUGGAUGUCAGACAAUAUAUUCUACAGGAGAGAGGAAGAAUUUGUCCUGAUGCCCAUCUGGAAGCUCAGUAUGGCUGGUCCUUCAUUGUUGCAGUGGCUGGUAUACCAUUGAUACUUCUCUCUGGUAUUCUUUUCUAUUGCAUAGGAAGACAUCUCCAGAAGCACAUUUAAAGAAGAAGUGUGCUUUUAUAGACAGUGACUGAGUCAAGUGUAUGUAAUAAAAUGCUCAAAUUUGGAUUAAGGAGCAAAAUGAAUCCUGAUGUUGCAACUUGUACAGUUUCUGCUUGAUACAUAUAAAUGUUUGAUAAACACAAAGUAGACUUUUUUGUAUUUAAAUAAACAAACAAUCAAUCAAACAAAAAAGAGCCCUGCAUUGUUAACUUAUGUAACUGAAAUCAUUAUAGUUAGUCACCAAUUUACAUUGUUAUUUAAUUCUUUUUUUUUUUUGUACAAGAAGAGUUUUAAUCGCAAAAUCUACUAAAACCUUUUUGGUUUUCUGAAAACAGAAAAAAAAAAGUUUAGGUGGGAUAUUUGGAACUCCUGAAUUGAUUACUUGUGCUUAUAUAACAUAAAUUGUCAUAUACAACAUUUAUAUGACAUUAAUGAAAAGUCAAUUACUAUAUAUUUUCCUUUCUUUUAAUUUGAAUAGCUGAAUUAGGUCUCUGUCUGCCCAACUGGACACUGUGAUUCUGUGCAAACAUACAUGCAAUUAUCCUUUUAUUUCUGCACCAUAAAUGGCAACACAAUAUUUUUGAAGUGUAGCCUAUGUAUAUUCCUUUGUCAUAUUCAUAUGUUAAAUAUUUACACAUAUGCUGCCCACAAACAGUCGCCUGUGAUUGAGAACAGCAUUGCCAAUCUGAUCUAUAAACAUGGGGUGGCAGAUUUGGGAUGCAUGAGACAGCAUAGCAUUUACAGAACCAUUUAUACUAUGUAAUUAACUUCAAAAUUAAAAAUUUGAAGAAGAAAAAAAAUACUUUGAUAAAUGUUCAGUUAUCUACUUUAUGGCACUGUCUGUGUAUGUUAGAGAAAUCCAACGCCUCUGAUGUUCACUGGGGGUUGCUGGCCACAUAACUUGGACUAAACUGAAGGGGUGAAAUGUAAAAUGAUUCAACUCAAUUAUU